AGCUCCUCCACCUUUUUCACCUUUUCCGUACACUUUCUUCACCUUCAUAGCUUCUUCCACUCCUUCAAUUCGCUCCACCAUUCUCCACCACAUCCUAGCUUCUAACCAUCCUCUCUCAAGUCUCAAUGGAGUCAACCAAGAGCCUCGUCGAAGGGAAGCGAACUUUCGUCGAAGAUGACAUCGAUGACGAGUACUUGGAUGAAGAAGAUCAGGGAGGAGGUGAAAUGAUAAGCUUUGCAGAUCAGAAUGAGAGAAAGAGAGCAGGUGCUCCUCCUCUCUCUGGGAAAAGAGGAGGGUCCACUGCAAGUUCCGGUGGGGUGUCGCCGGCGCGUUGCCAGGCUGAGAAGUGUGGAGCUGAUUUGACAGAUGCAAAGCGGUACCACCGCCGUCAUAAGGUGUGUGAAAUUCAUUCAAAGGCGCCGGCUGUGACUGUCGCCGGCCUGCGGCAACGGUUUUGUCAGCAAUGCAGCAGGUUCCAUGAGCUAUCCGAGUUUGACGAAGCAAAAAGAAGCUGCCGCAGACGCUUGGCUGGACAUAACGAGCGGCGCCGGAAAGCCGGGCCGACAGAAUCUAGCGGAGAAGUUUCAAGCCGCAGAGGGGUUAGGCAAGGUGAUGAUCAAAGAGGCAGAAUUCAUGUAACAAUCCCAGCAGGGAAUCCGGCCGGUUACAAGCAUCUCCAGAUCAGAUAAGAUCAAUGGCUAUGGAUCGAUAUCUGCUCUGAUCGAUCAGCUGGACCGCUCCCUCUCUUCUGUCAUCCUUAUAUGCCCCUGCAUAUGAUAUUAGAUAGUUUCCUUCCUUGUGUCUGCUUCAUGUUAAGAGAAGACCAUCAAUAACCACCUAGCCUCCACGGCCACUAGCUUGUUUUUUUUGCUCUACUUAUGUUGUUGUUUAUGAACUGGCUUUCUGCAAACUAUGCUAUGCGGAAUAUGCCUUUAAACCUUAUAUUUGUUUUCAAGGACAUGGCCUCUACACAGACCACCUUAAGAACCAAGUUUCUCUCAA